AUGAGCUUGAGCGCAUCCGACAAAGUUUUGCUUGAGGAAGCUUUCAAGCUUCACGAGAGCGCACCCGGACAACUCUCCGCCGCAUCGCUUCCAGAGGUGGUGAGGAUUGUCGGAGCAAACCCGAGCGAUGAGACCCUGCAGAACUUCUCUGGCUCCAAGACUGUGUUUUCCAUGUCGGACGUGGAGUCCUUUUUGGCGUCGCAACCCCUGCAUGAGGACCCCACCAAGACGCUUGGAGAUGCAUUCGCCAUGUUCGAUGUGGACGGCACGGGCAAGAUUGAUGCGUCUGAGUUCCGCACGGUGCUGAGCAACCUUGGCGAGCGGUUUCGUGGGCACGAGAUUGAGGAGAUGAUGCGUAUCACAGAGGUCGACAACGACGGAAAGCUCGAAUACAAAGACUUCAUCAAGUUCGCUGCAGACCACAAGUGA